UCAGGGUCCUGCCAGGUUGGGGGAGGAUUGUCUUGUUCUCUGGGUUUCGCAUGGUGGUGAAGUUAAGUCGGCACAUUUAUUGAGCAUUAUUUUGUGCCACAUCCAGGGCUACACGCUGGUGGUACAAAGAAAGACAGUGGGCAAGAGCAGCAAGAUGCUGCAGCACAUCGACUACAGGAUGAGGUGUAUCCUGCAGGAUGGCCGCAUCUUCAUUGGUACCUUCAAGGCCUUUGACAAGCACAUGAACCUGAUCCUGUGUGACUGUGAUGAGUUCAGAAAGAUCAAGCCAAAGAAUGCAAAACAACCCGAACGUGAGGAAAAGAGGGUUCUGGGACUGGUGCUGCUUCGAGGGGAGAACUUGGUCUCUAUGACUGUGGAAGGUCCGCCCCCUAAAGAUACAGGCAUUGCUCGUGUGCCAUUGGCUGGAGCUGCAGGAGGCCCUGGGAUUGGCAGGGCUGCAGGCAGAGGUGUGCCAGCUGGCGUUCCCAUGCCCCAGGCUCCUGCAGGCUUAGCAGGGCCUGUCCGGGGGGUUGGUGGGCCAUCUCAACAGGUGAUGACUCCCCAGGCAAGAGGGACCGUAGCUGCUGCUGCAGUUGCUGCCACAGCCAGUAUCGCAGGAGCCCCAACACAGUACCCUCCUGGUCGAGGGACUCCUCCCCCACCCGUGAGCAGAGGGACACCUCCUCCAGGCAUGAUGGCUCCCCCACCAGGAAUGAGACCACCCAUGGGGCCCCCAAUGGGGAUGCCCCCUGGGCGAGGGGCACCAAUGGGCAUGCCACCUCCUGGCAUGAGACCCCCUCCUCCUGGGAUGAGAGGUCCCCCUCCCCCCGGAAUGCGCCCACCAAGACCUUAGAAUUCUUCAGUUUGCUGUGAUGCUGCCUCUGACCUGAGGCUGUAUAUAGUUUUGUGGGUUUUUUGUACAGUGUGCUGCUUUAAAAUUGAUUCAUAAUAAACUCUUGGGGAAAACAAAAA